AUGAAGAACGAGCGCUUGUACAAGCUAGCACACGGCUGGGCUCAGAAACGUCCAACCGCACGAACUGAUUGGCUAAAGCCUGAACAUCCAAAGCAAGCGGGAUGUGAACGAGAAGCAGCAGAUGCUACAAAUGGCGUCCGGUUGAAGGAAAGAAUGAGAGUAUUAUGGGCGCUUGUCCAUUCCAAACAACCUGAAGAUGUGCAACGAGGGAUGGCUAUGCUUGAGGUUUCACCUGCCAGCUCAAAUAGUCCACUACAGAAGCGAGAAAAGCUUUAUCUUCUAGCUGUUGGAUAUUACAGAAGUGGGGAAUAUUCAAGGAGCAGAGAGCUUACAGGUCACUGUUUGGAGUUUCUAAAAGCUUUUUCUUGCUUUGCUAGAUUGCGUCCUGUAUUGGUAGACAG